AGACAUUGGUGGCGAGGAAGAUGGCGGACUGAGCUUUACCGAAAAAGAUUCAGAUUUACCACCUAAAAGCGUUUUAGAUUCUCAAACAUUUAUUUUUUCUUAAGCCCACAACACAAGGGUUGGAGCGAUGGAGUGUUGUUUAAAGUGAAGAUUGAAGACGUGAUAGAAGAUGGACGACUACUGCUAUGCUAAGAUGGCGACGUCCGCUAAAAGAGAACAUGAAAGAGAAUCAGCGCCACCAACUUCCAGCAAAUCACCAACGGAGAUAAAGACGAAAGAUGAAGACGUCCAGCAGCUGAUUGGUCAUCCUGAAGGACUUCCGCCGCAGCUGCAGGGAGGAAGUUCCACUUUGAAGCAGGAGACUCCACAGCUACUUCACAUUAAAAAGGAAGAGGAGGAACUCUGCAUCACUCAGGAGGGAGAGUGUCUUCAGUGGUCAGAGGAAGGUGAUACCACCAAGUUGCCACUGACUGUUGUCUUUGUGAAGACGGAAGAUGAUGAAGAGAAACCACAAGUGGACAAGCUCUUAGCUCCACUAUCAGAUAGUGAGGCUGAAGACGAGGUUGAGGAACCUUUGAGCAGCGAUACAGACUGUGAAGGUGAUAUGAGGACUCACACUGACAACAAACAAGCCGACUGCUUUAAAAAGAAGAAAUGUAAAACAACUUUGAGCUGCUCAGUUUCUGGUGCAAAAUGUUCUAAAGAGAGCAGUUUGACUGAAGACAUGAGAACACACACAGGAGAACAAACUUUAGAUUGUUCAGAUUGUGGUAAAAGCUUUCGUUACAAGAGCAGUUUGACACAACAUCUGAGAACACACACGGGAGAAAGACCAUUUUAUUGUUCAGUCUGCGGUAAAAGCUUUUCACACAAGAGCAGUUUGACUCGACACACGAUAACGCACACAGGAGAAAGACCAUUUAAUUGCUCAGUCUGCAGUAAAAGCUUUUCACACAGUACCAAUUUGACUCACCACAUGAGAACACACACAGGCGAAAAACCAUAUAAUUGUACGGUUUGCCAUAAGGGCUUUUCUAGAAACAAGUUGACUGACCACAUGAGAACACACACAGGAGAAAGACCGUUUAAUUGUUCACUUUGUGGUAAAAGCUUUUCUCACAAGACUGCUUUGACUCAACACAACAAAUCACACGCAGGAGAAAAACAAGGCAUUUGUCCAGUUUGCAGCAAAAGUAUACACAAGAGCGGUUUGGCUAAACACAUUAGAACGCACACAGGUGAAAGACCAUUUGAUUGCUCAGUAUGCGGUAAAGGCUUUACGCAACGGUACCAUUUGACUCAACAUAUGACUACCCACACAGGAGAAAAACAAUUCAAUUGUUCAGUCUGUGGUAAAAACUUUACCCAACGAAACCAUUUGACACAACACAUGAGAACACACACUGGAGAAAAACCAUUUAGUUGUUCAGUUUGCUUUAAAAGCUUUGCUCACAGUGGAAGUUUGCCUCAACACAUGAGAACGCACACUGGAGAAAAACCCUUCAGUUGCUCAAUUUGUAGUAAAAGCUUUACCAGCAAACUCGCUUUGACUCGACACAAAAUGAAACACGUGGGAUAAAAAUAACACAUAUCUGUUUGCAGUAUACGUUAUUCUCAAGGUAGCAUGACGUGUUGUAAAUGUACUCCUCCAAUACAUAGCGAACACUUUUUAUCGACACAUUUUGACUGAACACAUUUGUCAUACACCCUGGAGAAAACCCUUUCAGUCGUUCAUUUCGCCGUCAAAGACAUUCUUGAUAAAAUGUCCAAUGAGAACAUACACAGGAGAAAACAUGUUGAAAUACUUAGUUUGUCGCCCAGAAGACAGAUAAGACACAUAAAAACAUACACAGAGAAAAACCAUUUAUUUGAUUAGUUUGUGGUAAAACGUUUGAACAGAGACUAGGUUCUAGAUCCUCUUUUGUUCCAAAGUAGUCGUGGUCUCUCUGCCAUGAUUAGUGGCAGCAAACACACAACUCUCUCGAUGCUGUUGUUGAUGAAAGUAGCGUGAGAUUGCAUCAAUGCGCCCAGAUACUAAAUUGCUGAUAGAGGACUUAAAAUAACCAAAAUAGUGUAUUUAAAACAAGUUAUAAUUUUGUCUGUCACUAAUUGUGUAUAAAAUGGUGUUUGUGUUUUGUAGAUAUUUUGAAAUGCUUAUUGGUGGCAUAGUUGACUCCCCAUUACCCUCAUGCUCGGUUUUCAAGCAACAAGUAUCGCCACCCUCGCCCGUCCCCUCUCGCUAUUUGUGUGGAAGAGAGUCCAGCCCCUCUCGAGAGGACCGGUUCCAGACCCCUUGCUGUGCGUUGAAUUAGGUUUGACUAGAUUCAGCCGGAACUUCUCCACCUGGCACUCAAGCUCCUUACCCCCCAGCGAGUUGACAUUCCACGUCCCAAGGGCUAACUUCUGUAGUCCAGGAUCAGACCUCUGAGGACCCUGCCUUUUGAGUAGUGAGCCCAUUGGAGGCGGGGACCCUCGUUUCCUCUUCAUGGGGCCAGGCGCUUGCCAUUGAGCCUUACCUCCAAGCCUGGCUCCACAAGGGGGUCUGAGUUACCCGCUUUUGGGCGGGAAAAUCUGUCUUUUUCGUAAAUGACUUUGAGCUGCUCUUUUUCUGGUCCCUCGCCUAAGACAUGUGACAUGCACACUCCCCUACAACCAUCAGGUGGCAGAACAGAGAGCUUUUUCAUUCAAAAAUGUGUUCUGUAAAAACUAAUGUAAUGUGUUCCAAUAGGAAAAAUGCACAUUAAAAGUUAUAAAUAGCCAAUAUUUGUCAUGUCUUUU